AUGGCUGAACGGAGGUUGCGCCGGAAGCUUGAGGUGGAGACUGGAGACGUGGAAACUGAGAGCGAGAGAACAUUGGUUAUUAGGAGCAAUGAUGGAGUUAUUGUGGCAGCUGAGCUGAGAAUCUCAACCAACUUAAGCCCUGUAAAAGUUUCAAAAGAAAGCAGUUAUAGUUCAGAUGACAGUGAUGAGGAAGAAGAAAAACCUUCUAAAACUCCUCAGAAAAGUGCUAAGGAUGUCGAGAUGGUUGAUGCUGACUCAGCAAAGAAAGUUUCUAAAACCCCUUCUACACCUAGUGUUGCAACAGGUGGAUCAAAGACACUAUUUGUUGGAAACCUAUCAUUUAGUUUGCAACGAUCUGACUUUGAGGAGUUUUUCAAAGAUUGUGGAGAAGUAGUUGAUGUUCGUUUUUCUGUUGACGAUACUGGGAGGUUUAAACGCUUUAGACAUGUUGAGUUUGCUAUUGCAAAAGCAGCACAAAGUGCUCUUGAAUUGAAUGAGCAUGAGUUGUUGAAUCAUCAUGUUAGGCUUGAUUUAGCUCGUGAAAGAGGUUCAUAUAUCCUGGUGGCAGUUUCAGCAAUUCCUUCCAGAAAGAUAAGAGCUAGCCUAAAUGAGCAUUUUGGUUCCUGCAGGGAGAUCUUGAGGGUGUCAGUCCCAAAAGAUUUCAAGUCUGGAGGUCCUAAAUGCAAAUUGACACCAGGUGUAAUUUACAGUUUUGCCUACAUCGACUUCAAGGAUUUUUCUAGCAUGAAGAAAGCUCUAGAACUCAAUGAAACUGAACUUGCUGGUGGUUAUUACCUCUCUGUUGAAGACAGAGUGUUUAUUAUUAAUUUGACAGUUAUGGUGGUUGAUGUUGAGGCAUAUACCUAUGAUAAUGAGGUCAUUAAGAAAGCUGAAGCAAUGGGGAAGCCCAAAAAUCCUGAAGAAGAAGCUACUGUGGAAACUACUAGAGCCAUAAAACAUCAUCAAGAAAGCUGA